GUGCUCCCAGAGGUGAGCAGUCCCUGGCAGGUGGUGGGAGACAGACAGAGAGAGAGAGAGAGAGAUCCUGCUGCAGCGUGCUCCCUCUCACUCUUCAGCAGUUAGCAGUUGUUACAGAAAGGCCACAGGCAGCGCUGCAAUGAGAGCUCAGAUCGAAAUCAUUCCGUGUAAAAUCUGCGGAGACAAAUCGUCCGGGAUCCAUUACGGAGUCAUAACUUGUGAAGGGUGCAAGGGGUUCUUCAGGAGAAGCCAACAGAACAGCAUCACCUACACCUGCUCCCGCCAGCAGAACUGCCCCAUCGACCGGACCAGCCGCAACCGAUGCCAGCAUUGCCGGUUGCACAAGUGCCUUGAGUUGGGCAUGUCCCGGGAUGCGGUCAAGUUCGGGCGUAUGUCAAAGAAACAGAGGGACAGCCUACACGCUGAGGUUCAGAAGCACCAGAUGCAGCAGCAAGGUGCAGGCAAGCCCCAGGCUGAGGUUCAGGCCUACGCUCUGGCUUCAGAGACCCAGGGCCUACCAAAGCCCGGCCAGGAGGCCUAUCCCUCUGGGCACAGCCUCGGGACAGGCAGGCAGGCUGCUGGAGGGCAGGGCUACAGCUCCUCGGAAGCAGGCUCACCCCCGGGUCAGCCGGGCCUACCGGCCAAUGACGUGAAGCACCGGCCGUUCGUACAGCACCCGGGCGGAGGGGAGUUUGUGGUGUGGCCAGGUUUCGCCCGACUCCACGGUCCUCUGCCCACGACCAGGGAGCUGGACCACAUCAUCCAGAACGUCGUGAAAUCUCACCGUGAGACACGCCAGUAUGUGCCAGAGCAGCUCCACACUCUCCGCUGGAAGUUAUUCUCUCAGAGUGAAGUUGACAGCUACCAGAGAAAGUCGGCCGAGGAGAUGUGGCAGAGGUGCGCCCGGAAUAUCACCGAGGCCAUCCAGUACGUGGUGGAGUUCGCCAAACGCAUUGCCGGCUUCCUGGAGCUGUGCCAGAACGACCAGAUCGUGCUUCUCAAAGCAGGCUCCCUCGAGGUGGUUCUCCUGCGGAUGUGCCAGGCCUUUAAUCCCAGCAACAACACGGUCUUCUUUGAAGGAAAGUAUGCAGGGACCGAGCUCUUCCACGCUCUGGGCUGUGAAGAUUUGACCAACUCGAUAUUUGAGUUCUCGCGAGGAAUGUGCUCCCUGCGUCUCUCGGAGCAGGAGCUGGCUUUGUUCACUGCCACAGUCCUCAUAUCCUCUGACCGCAUGUGGCUCCAGGAGAGGUACAAGGUGGAGAGGAUGCAGGCUGACCUCCAGCUGGCCCUGAAGAGCGUCCUGCAGAGGAACCGCCAUGACCCCAUCCUGGCCAAGCUGCCAGUGAAAGUGCUCUCCCUGCGAAGCCUGUGCGGGCGCCAUGCCGAAAAGCUGAAGGACUUCCGUCUCGCCCACCCCUUGGUCGCCCACACGCUGUUCCCCCCUCUCUACAACGAACUCUUCAUCAUGGACUCCGAGCACAGCGCCACCUUUGAUCUGUGACCUCCUGGCGACACCGACAGCAACUCUC